AUGGACGAGUCGGUUUUGUUGGAUCUUCUGGAGUGCCCCGUCUGCCUGGAGCGCCUGGACGCCACAGCGAAGGUCUUGCCCUGUCAGCACACCUUCUGCCGACGCUGUUUGCAAGGCAUCGUGGGAUCCCGGGGCGAGCUACGGUGCCCCGAGUGCAGAACUUUAGUCGAGUGUGCCGUGGAUGAACUCCCCAGUAACAUCCUCCUGGUCAGACUUCUGGAUGGCAUCAAGCAGCGGCCGCGAAGAGCCGGUCCGGGCGCAGGAGCCUGUACAAAUGGAACUUCUGGGGCGGUUGCCAGGGCGCACUGCAGUGGGAGACAAGAGCAAGGCACUCCCGGGACACAGCCACAGCGAACCCAGGCCAAGAGCUCCGUCGUCAGGUGUGCACCUCAGCUCCCGUGCGCCAAAGCUCUUUACAACUACGAUGGCAAAGAACCAGGUGACCUCAAGUUCAGCAAGGGUGAUGUCAUCAUUCUGCGACGGCAGGUGGAUGAGAAUUGGUUCCACGGGGAGAUGGGCGGAGUCCAUGGAUUCUUCCCCACCAACUUUGUCCAGGUCAUCAAGGCGCUGCCACAACCACCGCCUCAAUGCAAAGCUCUGUACGAUUUUGAGCUCAAAGACAAAGAGGCGGAUAAAGACUGUCUACCAUUUUCAAAGGACGAUAUCCUGACGGUGAUCCGCAGAGUGGAUGAGAACUGGGCCGAGGGAAUGCUGGGUGAUAAAAUUGGAAUUUUCCCCAUCUCAUACGUUGAGUUCAACUCAGCGGCGCGGCAGCUGAUCGAGCUGGACAAACCAGACUCCAGCGGGGACUCUGGAGAGGGAGCCUCAUCCGGGCCCCAGACCAAUGGGGCCCCGCGGGAUAAGAAGAACAGCAAGAAGCGACAUUCUUUCACCUCUCUGACCAUGUCCCACAAACCCAUGCUGGCCCCACCCCCGCAGAGGCACUCCAUGGAGAUCAGCGGGCCGGUCCUCAUCAGCUCCAGUAACCCCACUGCGGCUGCUCGCAUCGGGGAGAUCACAGGCGGCCUGUCCUGCAGCGCACCAUCGCAGGUUCACAUUUGCACAACUGGCCUCAUUGUAACCCCGCCCCCAAGCAGUCCUGUCACCACGGCGACAGUGUUCACGUUUCCUUCUGAGGCGAGCUACACGGCCAUCCCUCUGGAUGCUCUGCCACCCCCGCCCCCUCCACCCCCACAGUCGUCUGCUGGAGCUGCCUACUCAUUGGCCACUGGACAGAGGCCCUCCCCCAGCAUCAGCGACCAAAGCGGGAGACAAAGACCCACAGUAUACGUGGCCAUGUUCCCGUACACGCCUCGUAAAGAGGACGAGCUGGAGCUGAGGAAGGGGGAGAUGUUCCUGGUGCUGGAGCGGUGUCAGGACGGCUGGUUCAAAGGCACCUCGAUGCACACGGGGAAGAUCGGAGUCUUCCCUGGGAACUACAUGAGCCCCGUCAGCAGAACGGCGUCCGGCAGCAGCCAGCCCAAAGUGCCCCUGGCUCUGUGCACUCAGGCUGGGAGGGGAGUCACCAUCGUCAGCCCCUCUCCGGCUCCUCUGGGGGCCAUCGUUACGGGUCCAGACUUCACCAAACCCCUGGUGGUGUGCACCAGCUCUGCCUCCUCUGCUCCUCAGCCCACGCUCAUAGUCAGCUCGUCCCAAACAGCCACGGGACAGCAGCCCAAACUCCCCAUGCACGUCACCUCGCAGAUGACUGUGAACCAGGCUCGCAAUGCAGUCCGCACAGCGGCUGCUCAGAGUCAGGACCGGCCGCCCGUGUCUGUAACCCCGCUCCAGUCCGGGACAUCUGUAGCCUUCCUGCCUCACCUCUCCAUGUGCACCCUGCCCUCCGCCGCCCCCCCUGCAUUGGCUUGCUCUCGGGGCGGUGUAGGGAUGGGAUGUGCCACUGCCUCGCUCACCCCUCCCAAUGUCAGCGCAGCGUCUCUGGAUGGAGACUCCCUGAGGCCCUGCUCUGCUCCCACCGCUGCUCCCAACAACACUGCUCCCAACAGCGCCGGCCUGGCCAGCAGACUAGACAAGGACGGCAAGAGGGAAAAGAAGAGUCUACUGAAGCUGCUGUCGAAUAAGAAGAAGUCGCGGCCCUCCCCUCCCUCGUCGCCCACGCUGGACACUGAGGUCGGGGGAGACCUGCUGCAGGGGGCCGGGGCUCCAGACACGGCCCAGGGCGUAACCACGGAGACCGAACCCUCCUCGUCUGUCCCGGAACUGUCCCAUCGCAAACCCGCCCCUCUGGAGGUGUAUGCACCCAUUGCCCCCCCGCCCCGACAGCCCUGCUCCUCUCUGUCAUCUCAGCAACAUGACGCACGGCCCAUCAUCUGUGAAAGGUACCGCGUGGUGGUGUCAUAUCCGCCCCAGAGCGAAGCCGAGCUGGAGCUGAAAGAGGGCGACAUCGUGUUUGUUCACCGGAAACGAGAGGACGGCUGGUUCAAAGGCACUCUGCAGAGGAACGGCCGCACAGGGCUCUUCCCCGGCAGCUUUGUGGACAUCAUCUGA